CUCCCUGCGCAGGAAGAAGACGGAGCCCGAGGCGCCGGACCAGGCCGCGCUGGGGGCGCAGGCGGCGGCCACCAUGGCCUGGCACCUCAAGGCCCAGCGGGAGCUCUCAGCGGGCCUCCUGCCCACCAAGGAGGAGGAGAGGACUAGCCUGGCCCCCGUCGCCCAAGCCAGAGGGGCCCACGGUGCCGAAGGGCACAGACCGCUUUCGGGGGGUCCCCCGGAGGGCAGCAGGCCCUUCCCCGGCAACCACAGCAGUCCCCUUUCCUCGGGGCCUCCCCUGCCCCUGGUGUCCAGGGUCUCCAAGGUGAACAUUCCCCCCUUCGUGUCCAGCCCAUCCGGGUCCCGAAGUAGCAGCAGAUACUCCAGCACUGAGACCUUGAAGGAGGACGACCAGCUGGGGGGCUCCUGGGCCAGCCAAAGCAAGGCCAGUCUUGGCCUGUGUCGGGGGUCCAGUUUCAGCCAAAGCGACAGCCCCACCAGGCUGCAGCCCCAGGUCCGGGCCCGCCCCAAGCUGCCUCUGGGCUUUCUCAGGACCAAACAGGAGCUGUCCUCAUUUGAGAAUUUGAUGCCCUGCGGCCUUGAAGCAGCCGAGAAAUCCAGGCACCAGAAGUCCAUGUCCAAUCCUGACAUUGCCAGCGAGACGCUGGCCCUCCUCAAUUUCCUGAGAUCAGACCUUUCAGAACUGAAGGCCAGGAAAAGGGGCAGCAGGUUGAGUGACCAAGAAGAGAUGGGGUUUAGCGGCGGCGGUGGUGGCAGCAGAUACGAACACUAUCCCCAGGGAGGAGCUGAGCACCAGCUGGUGAGUAGGACCCAAGGUGAGGUUCAGCCACCCAGCCGUUGGGCCUUGGGCAACCGUCCAACCCUGAAAGACCUCACGGCGACUCUGAGGCGGGCCAAAUCUUUCACUUACUCGGAUAAACCAGCACCCCGCAGACUCUUCCUGCAGAAUGCCAUGAAGCAGAGCUCUUCAGAACUGCUCCUUGCCACCAGCAUCGACCACAAUGGUGUGGUUUCUGACAGCGAUGUUGGCCGAAGCAGGGAAGACGAGGUGCUCCCUGUAAUCAUCCAAGAUCAGUACAUUCAAGAAGCCAGGCAAGUUUUUGAGAAGAUAAGUAAGAUGGGCUCAGAACACGAUUACAAUUUUGCUUUGGACUCAAAGGAGAACAGAAGGGGAAAGGACGAAGGGGAGGAGGUAGAACCUCAGGAGGGUGAGGUCCCAGAAGAAAGCUGUGGUCAGUGCUUGAAGAAAGCUGAUUCUGAUGGAAAUCUAUCCUGCAGGAAAUCAUUAGAAGAAGGUCCUGAAUCCAGUAUGACAGAUGAGGGAAUUGUGACUGAGCCAGAAACAUCUCCCUACAGUUAUCUUGAUCCAUCCGUUGCCGCGUGGAAGUUGGCCAACCGAAGAGGAACUGAAAUCGACCCACUUGAGAGGAAGGAGAAACUUCUCCCAAACCAUUUAACCAAAGGGAAUAAUGAGAAGGUAGCAGUUAUUGAUGAGGUCAUCCCCAGUCACAAGAUGGCGUCCCAAGGAUUGUUGGAGACACCUCUGACCCCUAGUGCUCUUCGGCGCCGGAGGAAGUUCCCGUCAGUAGGAAACAAUGGUUCUGAAUCCAGCAAUGGAAGCAGCGGGGAAUCCAGUGGUGAGUCCUACAGAUCUCUCAGUGAUCCUAUGCCCCACAGAAGGUGUUCCAUCACAGAGGAUUCAAAGAACUUCUCCGUUGACAGUAACCUUCUGGGGUCAUUGAACUCAAAGCCUGGCAUCUUAGAUUCCUCAGCCACGGCCUUAUCCGACUGCACAGGAAGUGCCGCCAGCGACCUCUCUGUUUGCAGUGAUGGCAUCAAGGAUUACAACACCGUGAUCCAGAACAUUGUCAGCCAGCCUGGGGCCAUGGACAAAGUGAUUGAUGAGAAGGGGAAUGGCAAGCCCAUCAAGAAGAAAUCUUUCAGUGACCCCAGCCGGCGUGGCGAGCAUGCCAGCCCAGGCUUCAUGGGAGCUGGAGAACCCAUCAAUGAGAUGGAUCAGAACAUCCUUCCAUCCAGCAGCGAACCCAUCCUUUCAGAGCAAAGGGACCAGCCGGGGGAGCAGGAAGUGGGCAGGCUGUCCUCCCAGUCUGAGCAAAUUCUGCUGAUGCCACCAGAAGACGAUGCAGUUGACGUCCCUCGUAACUAUAGCUUUGAUCCCAAGCUGGCUGAGGUCUUGUCACCUAGGAUAGUUCGUCGGAGUUCCAAGAAACGCGGCGACCGGGUGAGCAGCCAGGGAAGCAGAGACGAAGAGGUCGCACUGUCCCCCACUGUGCCCACCGCACUGGGCAGAGCAAGGCCAACCUCCAAGCAUGUGCGCCACACCAGCGAACCUGCCACCUUUAUCCCCAUCUCAGAUGCCAACCUCCCCAGUUCACUCAGUCAGAACACCCACCCUGCUAUGCAGGAGCUUCCACGUCUGCCUACAAAACCCUAUCCUGUUCUCCAGGUUCCAUCGUUGGAGGAUGUUACUAAGCACUACAUGUUGACCCUCAGUUCUGGGGAGUCACUUCCCACCAACACUGUGGAUACCCCCAGAUCGUCACCUGCCACGCCAACCACUACUGAACCCAAACUUCCCAGAUGCCCCAAACAUCAUGGAGAUGGGAACGCUAGCAGCUCCAGAAGCAAGCCACAAGUG